UAAGAAUCAGUCUGGAUGUUUUACGAUUUCGCAUUGGAGACAUCGCAAGGAGGCGCCUAAAACUCUACGAAGAUGAAAGACGCUUUGCGAGCGGCAGGAGACAAGAGUGGCUGGGUUUUUAACGAUGGGGGUGAUCAAUCAAAGUUAGUCGAGGAAGUUGCUCAAAAUGCUUGGAUCCGAUUGAAUAUAGUCGCUCUGAUCGGUGUUAAACACCCUGUUGGAUUAGCAUCUCGCAUAGAAUCUGUAUUAUCUCUAUUAAAAACCAGUUCUAAUGAUGUCCAGUUUCUAGGGAUAUGUGGUUCAGGUGGCAUUGGGAAGACAACCAUUGCAAUGGGCGUAUAUAAUUGCAUCUUUAAAGACUUUAGCAAAAGUUGUUUUCUUGAAUGCACUAGAGAGCAAGCAUCACAACCCAAUGGAAUAGUCUCUUUGCAAGAAAAACUUCUUUAUAGUAUCUUUCAGGUGGAAAUAAAAAUAUGCAGUUCUAAAGAAGGAUCAAGAAUGAUAAAAGAAAGACUCGGAAGAAUGGAUAUUCUUCUGAUUCUUGAUGAUGUGGGAUAUUGUUCCCAAUUAGAUGCAUUGAUUGGUGAUCCCAAUUGGCUUGGUCUUGGAAGUAGGGUCAUCAUAACAACCAGAGACCAGAGUAUUCUAAGUGGAAUUCCUGAAAACAAUAGAAAAAUCUAUGAGCCUAAAGAAUUGAAUGAGAAAGAGAGUCUUCAACUCUUCAGUUCGUAUGCUUUUACAAUGGACCAACCUCCAGAUGAUUACAUGCAGCUUUCAGUUGAUAUAGUACAUACAACAGGAGGGUUGCCCCUAGCUUUGCAGGUUUUGGGUUCUGAUUUAUCUAUUAACAAAGAUAAAAAAGUAUGGAAAAGUAUGCAUCAGAUAUUGGAACGAAUUCCUCAUGCGGAUGUAUAUAAAAAAUUAAAGAUAAGUUAUGAUAAUCUACAAGAUGAUAUUGAGAAAGCCAUGUUUCUUGAUGCUGCAUGCUUUUUCAUAGGAUGGGAGGAAGAAACUGUAAUAUCUAUAUGGGAAGCUUGUGGUUUUGAACCAAGAUAUCGUAUGGAAGUUCUCACUAGAAAAUCCCUUUUAAAGAUUAAUAAGUCGAAAUACUUGUGGAUGCACGAUCAAAUUCAAGACAUGGGAAGGAGAAUUGCCUACAAUGAAAGUCCUAUGGAACCUGGUAAACACAGCAGGAUAUGGGCUCAGGAUGAUAUCAUCAAGGUAUUAGGUGGUGCUAAGGGGAAUGAAAUUGUUGAAGGUCUCCUCCAUAGCUUCAGUUCAAAUGAUCACAUUGUUUUACACACUAAAGGCUUUGAGAAGAUGCCUAAACUCAGAUUGCUACAAGUUGAUGGAGCAGCCUUGGAGGGGAGCUUUCAGUGUCUUCCUUCUGGGUUAAGAUGGCUCAGAUGGUGGAAAUGUCCAAUGGAAAAAUUACCUACAAAUAUUUAUCAUGAUGAAUUAGUUGUCCUUGAUUUAAGAUAUGGCUUGUUUAAACACGCUUGGAAUAACUCGACUGAAGAUAAGUUGUUUCAACAGUUGAAAAUUCUUAACCUCGGUUGUUGUUGGUCUCUAUCUAAGUCUCCCGACUUCUCAGGAAUUCCUUGCCUAGAAAGACUGAAUCUUGAUAACUGUGGAAAUUUGGUUAAUUUACAUGAAUCCAUUGGGCAGCUCAAGCGACUUGUUUACUUGGACUUGAGAUGUUGCUAUUCUCUGAAGAAACUCCCAAGCAGCAUAGGUAGGUUGAGUUCUCUCCAAAAACUUAUUCUCACUCAUUGCAUCUCACUCAACGAGUUACCUGAAUCUAUUGGUGAUCUAAAAGAAUCUUUGGUUGAGCUUUCUUUGGACAAAACAAAUAUUAAAGCACUGCCUAAUAGUGUUGGGCUCUUAAAGAAGCUAGAGGUAUUGGAUCUUUCACUCUGCCAUGGGCUUGUAGAUCUACCAAGUACACUGGAGAAUAUGACAUCUUUGCGUUGCAUUGAUCUUAGUGGACGUGAUAAGCUUCGAUACAUACCCAAGCUGCCCACUAGUUUAAUUGACCUUCGUGCUCUAUGCAAAUCAUUGGUAUGCUUGCCCGCCAUGGAAGACCUGAAAAACUUGAAGAAGUUGUACCUUGGAGAUUUUUGUAUAAAAGCGGGGCAGCUUAGUGGCUUCGUCAGUAAAGAUCUCAACCAAUACAGAGAAGUGGAUCACUUCGUCAUAACAAAUCAUUUGUUUCCGACACAUAGCCAGGAAAAAUUUCUGUCGGAUGUUCAUUAUGCACGGGUUUGGAAACCUUCGAUGGGUGAAGAAUGUUCAAGUUUACCAAUAGACAAUACUCUUGUUGGUUCAACCCGAACCCGUUACUUGAUUCCUCCUUAUAAGAUCUGUAGCAGAUUAAUUAUGCACAUUCCUUUGUACUUCACUGUGAACAAUGAUGACAUGGUAGAUAAGAAUAGUAUAGGAUUAAAUAUCACUCUCAGGUUUACAGCCUGUAUCUACAGCAGAGAUCAAAGAACAACCUACUGUGAAACUAAGCUGAGAAUUGAGGACAUCAAAUUGAGAGAUCCUUAUAUAGUUUAUGGGAAAGAGGAGAAGGCUAAAAAUGUGCAUUUAAGCAUCCAAAAGAAGGGAUGGGAAGGUCAAUUCAACUCCCCGGUGUCUAGGGACAGAAGCUUUCUUUACUCCUUAGUCUACCUUCACGAAUUCGAAGGGUUUGAUUGGUUUGGGUUUCCUCUGGAAGACAAAUUUGCUAUUGAGAUAUCAGAAGUACACAAAGAUCUUGCUCAGGAAUAUGACAAUGGACUUAACUGCACUGUGAGACAACUGAACUUUCUCCUACCAAAGAUGAGCGGAGAAUAACUUGGAGAUGUUUUAUGUACAAUCAAUUCAGUGCUUGCAAUAUGAUAUGGAUGAUUUGGAAGAACUCAAUUCCAUAAAUCAGCUUACAAGAUGAUCAGGGAACCCAAGACCACAUCAACCCAUAUGAUCAAUUCUCCUUUGAAAUCAAUAUGACAUCAAUCCCUAUAUGACUGAUAACACCUUAUGAGAUCACCCGAACGAUGGAGUUGGAGACCAUUCGUAAUAUAUCCACUGGCCUGGCGAUUCAGGAUAUGGUGUGACAGAGAAUGAAGGGUAUUUCUACAAAUACAUGGGAGACUCAAUGCAUUGGUAUUGUAAUAAUGUUGCCUCUAUAUCUUAUGAAUUUUGGGUGUUUUAUUCUUUUAUCUUAUUUUUUAAUUGUGAGGUUUAUUGGCUAUACAUUAAUAUUUCUUCCUUGGGUUCAUUAAAGAAAAUCCCAAUUUAAAGGA